AUGCACCUUCCCUGCUUCUCCGCACCCCGCACACUGGCAACAACAGCCUCUGGAAGCAUCCCUCUCCCCGAGCAGUCCAACCGCCUCGGUCAUAAGUCACUUAAUGCCCAAGAUGUCAUUGAUAAAUCGACUCUGUUAUCCUUGCAUCGAGAUCUCAUCGAAAUCCCCUCGGUCUCCAAUCACGAGCACGACAUCGGCAUUUUCGUCGCCGAGUUCCUCGAGGCUUUCGACUUCACCGUCGUGAAGCAGGAGGUCCCUCCUAUGAAAAAGAAACAAAACGAUGAUGACGAACCUAUCAAACCUCGCUAUAAUAUCUAUGCCUACCCAGCCUCUUUAUCCGAGCAACCCACCAUCCUGUUAACCAGCCACAUCGAUACCGUCCCUCCAUUCAUCCCAUACUCUGUCCACGAGCCCGAAUCCACCUCAAACACAGAAGAUGACUUGAUUAUCGCCGGUCGCGGCAGUGUCGACGCAAAGGCUAGCGUUGCCGCCCAAAUCUUUGCAACCCUCGAAACCCUUAUCUCGAACCCAGGCGCAAAGCUCGGUCUUCUCUUCGUCGUCGGCGAAGAAACAGGCGGAGAUGGAAUGAAGGUCUUCUCCGACUCAGACCUAAACCAGAAUAGCGUCUACCACACCGUUAUCUUCGGCGAACCAACCGAAGCAGCCCUUGUGUCUGGUCACAAGGGUAUGCUAGGAUUCGAGGUCCUCGCACAUGGCGAGGCCGCUCACUCCGGUUACCCAUGGCUAGGAGCUAGUGCGGUUUCGGGUAUUAUUCCUGCGCUUGCCGCUGUGGAUAAAUUGGGUGAUAUUCCAGUUAGCAAUGGUGGACUUCCCUCGUCCCCAAAAUAUGGUCGUACGACUCUGAAUAUCGGUACUGUUAAUGCUGGUGUCGCGACGAAUGUUGUUCCUGCGGAGGCGAGAGCGGAUGUUGCGGUUCGUCUGGCGGCUGGUACUCCUGAUGAAGCGAGGGAGAUUAUCAGGAAGGCUGUGGAGCAUGCUACCAAGGAUGUUGAGGCCGAAGUUGUGGUGGAUUUCACUAAUCACCGUGAAUCCUACCCGCCUCAGGAUAUUGAUACUGAUGUUCCGGGCUUUGAUGUUAUCCCGGUGAAUUAUGGAACUGAUGUUCCGAAUUUGGAGGUUCGCAAGGACGUUAAGCGAUAUCUGUAUGGCCCUGGAACCAUCUUCGUUGCGCAUGGUGAUAAUGAGGCUCUUACUGUGCGUGAUAUGAAGGAUGCUGUGGAGGGUUAUAAAAAGCUGAUUGCUGCUGCUCUGGAGAGAGAGUAA